AUGUUUGUGGAUGAACGGAUUUUAACUCUGUUCAAAAGGAAUGCCCACCACACCUUGACCUACUGGAGUGUUUUCUUCAGCUUUGGACUCUGCAUUGCUUUUCUUGGACCAACAAUAUUGGACUUGCAAUGUCAGACAAAAUCAACACUCAGUCAGAUUACCUGGGUUUUCUUUGCCCAGCAGUUCUGCUUGCUGAUUGGCAGCUCUGUCGGCGGUGUUUUCAAGAAAACGUUGUUCACUGCUCUGUCCGCCUUGUUUGUCUCAGCUCUCAUCAUCUCUGUAAUAUUUGCCAUCAUUCCUCUAUGCAAUAAUGUUAUGCUGUUGGCUAUUGCCAUGGCCGUGUCUGGGCUGGCAAUGGGCAUCAUUGACACCAUCGCUAACAUCCAACUGGUGACCAUCUAUCAGAAGGACUCAGCUGUCUUCCUGCAGGCCCUCCAUUUCUUCAUUGGGUUCGGAGCCCUGGUGAGCCCACUGAUUGCAGAUCCUUUCCUCUCAGAGACGGGCUGUGGAAACCACACAGGGAAUGGGACAGAGAUCAUACAUCAUUUCAGGAACAUGCUGCGAAACAGUCCCAUCGCUGAGCACAACAUAACUCAGAGCCACCUGCCCCAUGAAGGAGGGGAGGAGGAGUCAAUUGUACACUAUGCUUUCUGGAUCAUGGCACUUAUUAAUCUGCCUGUGCCCAUUGCAGUGUUGUUCCUCAUGUACCGGGAGCAACUGAUCCCGUGCUGCCCAGGUGGGACCCCACGUCUUCUGGACAAAGACGAGCUAGCUAUGGAGAGCCAGCAGGGAGCAGAGGGACCAGAUGCGGAGCAGAAAGAACAGGAAGCUGGAGGUCAUGGGGACAUCUUUGGCUGUUGUCAGAAUGAUAACCUGCGCGGGUUGCCAGUAUCCUUCUUUAUGAUUCAUAUCCUCGGCGGGAUGGUGCUCUUCAUGACCGAUGGCAUUGUGGGUGCCUAUGCAGGCUUUGUGUACACCUAUGCUGUGGCACCACCUAUGUCUCUGCCCCAUAAGACUGCAGGUUACUUGGCCAGUAUCUUUUGGGCAGCAAUCACCGUCGGACGCCUUUUGUCUAUCCCUCUUUCAUACCGCUUCCAGCCUGUCAGACUGCUCAUGGUCAACCUGGCAGGUGUCAUUGUCACAGUGUUGAUGCUGCUAAUCUUCUACACCAACAGUACUUUUCUGUUUGCUGGGACUUGUUUAGCUGGGCUGUUCCUCAGCAGCAUCUUCCCCUGUAUGCUUGCCUACACUGAAGAUAUCCUUGACUACCAGGGAUGCGCAACCUCAGUUCUGGUAACGAGUGCAGGAAUGGGAGAGAUGGUUAUGCAGGUUCUUGUUGGCUCGAUUAUACAGACUGAAGGCAGCUACAGCUUCCUGCUGUGUGGAAUGAUAGUUGGCUGCAGUGGAUUUAUCCUUUUCUUUUGUCUCUUGCUGUUCCAUCGGAUGCACAGAAACUACCUCACGGGAACAACAAAAAAGUCAGCGAUGGUGGAGGAGCCGGCAGCAGAGGUGAAUAGUUCUGCUAAUACAGAACAGAAAGAGGAGAAAGAGAGCAGCUGA